UAAAAGAAAUUCUCUUAUGAUACUUACCUGUUUGAUUUUAUAUAAAUUUGUUUCGCAUAAUAUUCCUACUUAUAAAAUUUGUAUAUAAAUAAGUCGUAUAUGUAUUAGGUAUCAUUUUCUAAUUACGCGCCAUUGUGUAUAAUGGUAUAAACACACUAUACAGUACAGAUAAGUGAUCGUUUCUAAAAAAGUGCGCGUAUUUAACGCCUUGAAUUCGGCUAUUUAUUAAAUGGCUAAAUGCAGCUACUGGUUGAUAUUAAAUAAGUAAAUAUUAUAUACUUUAAAAGUAUAUUAUUAGUGUUAAUAUUAUAUAAAGAAAAAGUAGCGUGUCGUAGAUACAAUACAUACAUACAUAACAAGAAGAGAAAUUAUUCUAAAAACAAUGAAUAAUCGAGACCGACAGGAAAACGAAAUCUUAGCACUUUCAUGUAUUUAUAAUCAGAAUGAAUUUUCUUACAUUAAGGAUGAUGAUAUGAUACAAAUCUAUUUCAAUGUUUAUCCUGCUACCAAUAAUAAGGUAUUAAUGCUCAAAAAUCUUCGUAAAAUGUAUUUAAAAUGUUUAAUCAAAUAUCUACCACCUGUUCGAAUAUAUGUGCAACUUCCAAUGGAUUAUCCUACAAAAAAUUCACCAAAUUUUUAUAUAACUUCCUCAUGGCUUACUCCUUGGCAAAUAUCUUUUAUUUGUCAACAGUUAGAUGAAAUAUGGUCAAGUAACAAGGAACAAGAAGUAUUAUUUUUAUGGUUUGAAUUUUUAAGGCACGAUCUUCUUAAUUUUCUUCAAAUCAAUGAGACGUUAGAUAUUUCACUUCUAUUUCUGAGAUAUUAUAAUCUAACAGAUUACUUUAAAUUAAAUGUUACGUUUUCAUAUGAUGUUAGAGCUAUAUGCAAUGUGCUAGUUUUGAAUCCAAUAAAACUUUUUAUGGAUUACAACGAAUAUCAAAUGCAAUUUAACUUUGAACGUAGUUACUACUCGUGUGUAGUAUGCUUUGAAGUAUAUUCUGGAAAGAAAUGUAUACAACUUCAAAGUUGUGGUCAUACAUUCUGUAGAAAUUGUAUGCAAGAAUACCUAGGUGCAAAAAUUAAUGAGAAUAUGGUAAAAGAUAUAAUGUGCCCUGAUUCAAAUUGCAAGUUUAAUAUUAUGCAUAAUGAAAUCAAAAAGCUUUGUCCAAAUCUAUUUUCAAAAUACGAAAAUUUAUUAUUACAAAUAACAUUAAAUUCUAUGAAAGACAUUGUUUAUUGUCCACGAAUUUCAUGCCAAUGUCCAGUUGUAAAUGAUAAUGAUAACAUCUGGAUUACUUGUAGCAAAUGUGAUCAUGCUUUUUGUAGAGACUGUCGUAAGGCAUACCAUGGAAAUAUACCAUGCACUACUAUAUCGUCAAGUGAAUUGGUAAACCUUAUGGAAAAUUAUGAGAAAGGUAACAUACGUCAAAAACAAUUAUUACUAAAAAAGUAUGGUCAAAGACAAAUACAAGAAGUUGAAAAACAUUUAUCCAAAAAAUAUAUAAAGGAAAAUACAAAAUCAUGUCCAAACUGUCAGGCUCCAAUUUCAAAAAUAGAUGGAUGUAAUAAAAUAACAUGUACUUACUGUAAUGCUCAUUUUUGCUGGCUUUGUGGACAACAUCUUAAUGGAAAACAACCAUAUUUCCAUUUUACGACUGACUUCACUUCACCAUGUUUCCAUAAGUUGUUUGAUUAUAAUUUUCACGAAGAUAUGUAAUAUACACAAUAGCGAGAUUAUAUUGGGUUGUAACAUAAAUUCAUUCGGUUAAACUUCUUAAUACGUAUACUUGCGGCGAUCGAAAGAAUUUAUGUUACAACCCAAUAAUUAUGAAAGUUCCUUUGUAUUACACUUUUAAGUGAUCUUUAAAAUAGUUUCUUGGCGAGGAAUACACCAAUGAGACACAUUUCCUAUUCUUUUCGUUCAUUCGUGUGAAAAUGAUAAGCUUUAAGAUGAUUUUUAUUCCUGGAGAUCUGGAGAAUACAAGAAGACUGUGACAUUAUAUUCUUUAUACAUAGCUAAAAUUCGUUAACAGAUACUAUGAACUGGUACAUUUUGUUUUUGUGAUUCUAAUUUGUAAAACUCUAUUAUGUUUUUAAAUAAUAUAUAUAAAUAUAUAUAUUAUCUUUGAUAGUU